CCAUCCUGUUUACGUCGAAGGAUUCUUCCUUGAGUAUCAGGUCGCCAACCAGCACCGACUCCCAGUCAGAUUACUAGAAAGAGACACACUGGUGCGCGGUUCAUACUUUAUUUUGCUUUAUUUCUAUCCUUCAAAAAGUUCAAAAUGAAACCACGAUGACAGGCUGUUGACGGGUAAUCGGAAUAAAUAGGAAUAGCUCAGGACAGCACGAUUGUGGGUGAUCUAUGUACGUACGUACGUACGUACGAUGGAGCAAAAAGAUUCGGAUACAGACGUACAAGCGGAUAUAAAAGCUGAGUUGAUCGCAAUAAACGAACUCAUUCGGUCAAUAAAAGAAGAGCUACAGGAUAUUAACGACUAUGUAAAGAAGGAUGGACCUUUGGAUACAAGUCAAAGCAAUGCAAUCCAGUCUUUGUCUUCGUUAGCAACAAGUGUUGGCAUCACAGUAGUGGAACCAAGUCAUGAUGAGGAUAAUCCAGCGUCAAAUCCUUUGGCUCCAGUCUCUAUGCAAUACAUCACCGAAAUGCUUGAAUCGUUGUCACAUAGAUGAAGUGCUGGUGAUAUUUACUUGAUCACCUUUCAUUCCAUGGAAUAUUCCAUCUUACGCCACAGUAUAAUCAAUACCCAUCAGUUUAAUAAUUGAAACAGCUCAUAGUUUGAUUAUUCAUUUAUUGAUAAUACCGAUUUUUUCUUCUUUCACCCAAAUGUGGAAUAUGAAAUAUUUAUUAGACUUUGGAUCAAGUCAACAAAGUAAAGUAAAUUAAUCUCUGAACUGGUCCAUGUAUAAUGAGUAUAAUAACAUGAUCACUUCUAUAAUUCGUCAACUGAAGAUUUGUCAACAUUCAUAUAAUUUCAGAGCUCCUUAUUGAAUAUAAAACAUUCAUUUCCAACUCUCAGAGUUUAGAUUCAGUAAGCCAACUAAAGCUCUGUGUCUUGCGAUCCGCGGCAGGAUUAAUUAAGAUAUUGAUUAUAGUUGGUGAGUCAGUUACCUGAAAUAAUAAUCCAUAUUAUAAGUA